ACAGCAACAUUCUGAGUCAAGUUCUGUUAAGCCGCCAGAGUGUAGUUUGACUCAUUGUAUGUCUCUAUUUUUUCUGAACAAUUGUUAAGAGAAUGGUUCGUUUAUUCGCUGUAGCUGUUCUUCUGUGGGCUGCGUGCGGCACCGAGGGAAAGGCAGUUCCCUCUCUUCCUGACUUUGGGAACACUUAUCACGUCAAAGGAGUCAUCUCUUUGCCCUAUGCUGAGAUUGUGGAGCCAUUUGAAGGCUGGUUCGACCUGACUACAAAGUCCAGCCGAAUAGAUUAUUACAAUGGCCAGGUUUCCACGUACCAGCUGGGCUCGCAGCAGCAGUUUGGUGUGGCCUAUAAAAUCACACCGGAGACGACUGAGGAGGAACAAAAUGUGAUCAAAUGCUUCCAGAUCAAUGGAACCAAGGAGGAGGUGGUCACGCCACAGACAUCGCUGCCUGAUGUUCAGGGCUUCCAGUUCUUGAGGAUGGAGUCUUACGGUGGUUCCCUGUGUGAAGUCUGGCAGAACGUGACCACCGUGGGUAACAAGAAGAACACCUACACACUGUGGGUGACUAAUCCAGAAAAAGAUGGUAAAACAGCCGUUCCCCUCCAUUAUGAGAUGAUGGGAUACAACACGCUGUUGAUGUCCCACUAUGACAAGUACCUGGUGGACUACAAGGAGUUCAGCACUCAUUUGGAUCCCAUAGUCUUCUCUCUGCCUGAAGGGAUCACCUGUGGAGGUUUUCCAGGUCCAGGUGUGGAGCACCACAUGCUGGCCAAUCCAAUGAAAGAUCUGAUCCACACCACCGCUGCAGGCCACUCUCAGAAGAUGUUCAACCACUUCAAGGAGAAGUUUCAGCGUCAGUACAGCGAGGAGAAGGAGCACGAGGAGAGGGAGCACGCUUUUCUUCACAACCUCAGGUAUGUCCACUCUAAGAACAGAGCUGGUUUGUCCUUCUCUCUGGCCCUGAACUCCAUGUCGGAUCGCACCAUGUCAGAGCUGGCAACAAUGAGGGGACGACAACGAGGCAAGACGCCAAACAAAGGCCUCCCGUUUCCAUCGAGACUUUAUGAAGGGGUGAAAGUACCCGAGUCCCUCGACUGGAGGCUGUACGGGGCUGUGACUCCAGUGAAGGACCAGGCUAUCUGCGGGUCCUGCUGGAGCUUUGCCACCACUGGAUCAGUAGAGGGCGCUCUCUUCCUAAAGACGGGCUCUCUGCAGGUCCUGUCUCAGCAGGUGCUGGUGGAUUGCUCCUGGGGUUUCGGCAACAACGGGUGUGACGGUGGGGAGGAGUGGAGAGCGUACGAGUGGAUCAUGAAGCACGGAGGCAUCGCCACUACAGAAACCUACGGAGCCUAUAUGGGAAUGAACGGAUUUUGCCACGUGAACUCCUCCCAGCUCACCGCACAGAUCAAGAGCUACACUAACGUCACAUCGGGCGACGCCGAGGCCCUGAAGCUGGCCCUGUUCAAAAACGGGCCAACAGCCGUCAGUAUCGAUGCGUCACACAGGUCCUUUGUUUUCUACAGCCACGGCGUCUACUACGAACCAGCAUGUGGAAAUACCACCAAUGAUUUGGACCAUGCUGUGCUUGCUGUGGGAUAUGGCACCUUGAACGGGGAGCCGUACUGGUUGAUAAAGAACUCCUGGUCCACCUACUGGGGUAACGCCGGCUACAUCCUCAUGUCUAUGAAGGAUAACAACUGCGGGGUCACCACUGAUGCUACGUACGUUACGCUGGCUUAGGCUCUGCUUGUUUCAGCUCAGUGCUGUUCACCUGGAGCUGCCAGCGCCUCAAGCUGACACUUUGCUUUAUGUGACCAUGCAAUUCAUGCAUGGAAAAAAACUGCACGACUCGCACACAAUAAGUUCAUGUUCUCUAAAGUUUAUUGAUGAAAUGCCUUCUUGUUUUGCCAAAACGGAUGAAUCAUUACAGUAAAAAUGGUGAACAUAUUCCAUUUGCACCAACAUCUCUGGUUCAUAUAAAACGCGUGCAUUCAGCAGGAGCUCCUGCUUGUUCAAGUUACUGAUUCAGUUUUACAUUUUAGGCAUUCAAAGAAUGAUUUUUACUUCUUUCCUUUGAGAAUGAUUGUUUUAAAAACAUUAAGCCUAUUUUUAUUUUCCUGAACUUUUUUGCACUUUUGACUGUUUGAUUUGAUUGUUGUCAAACAUUUGUUCAUAAAUGUUUAAACAAGUGUACGUGUUGUCUAAAGGUCCAUAA